AUGUUGGCACACAACCCAGAUACAUGCAUUUUAUGGGUGGAUGCACAUGCGGAUAUAAAUACGCCUAAGACAACAGACCUGGGUAACUUGCAUGGCUGUCCUUUGUCGUUUGUCAUGGGAUUGGAUAGUGAUUCAUAUCCAAAGGAAUUCAGCUGGGUGCCUCAGUUGUUGAAAGCCAACAAAAUUGCGUACAUAGGCUUAAGAGAUGUAGAUGAGGGAGAAAAGCGUAUUUUGAAAGAAAACAACAUAGCGGCAUUCUCUAUGUAUCAUGUCGAUAAAUAUGGUAUUGGUAAGGUUAUUGAUAUGGCGUUGGACAAAAUUAACCCUAAUAGAGAUUGCCCGAUUCAUUUAUCAUACGAUGUUGAUGCAAUUGAUCCAUCGUUUGUACCUGCAACCGGUACCAGAGUGGAAGGUGGUUUGACGUUAAGAGAAGGUCUAUUUGUUGCAGAAGCAGUUGCGGAGACUGGGUUAUUGUCUUCCUUAGAUAUUGUUGAGACAAACCCUCUAUUAGGAGAAAAUGACAACCAUGUAUUAGAUACUGUCAGCGCUGCUUGUGCUAUUGGAAGAUGUGCUUUAGGUCAAACUUUGUUAUAA